GUAGUCCAUUUGACCUCAGAAGCCGGGGGGAGAAUCCAUUUGCCGAUGUUAGCUAAAAGAAAAGUUGUGUAACUGUCGACAGUUGUGUAACGACAGAAUCAAAAAGGACAUCUCUGCGAGCAGGACUCGGUCGCCAACCUUUCAUUGUGAUUCUGUCCACACAUCUAACCUCCCUAAAAGGCAAAUUCUGGCUUAUAUUUGCGGGAGAAAAAUGUUUUCUCUGUCGGCAUCAUUUCAGCUUCAGCAGAUGGUAGUGCCUAUCAGCCAGGUCGUCAACGCCCUCCACUCGCUGAAGACCUCUGCUACAGCUUCUGUUCACUCUCUGCACAAAGACUUCAGGCAGGAGCACAGUUCAUACCUGAAAGAGCCUAGUGUCAGUCUGAGGGAUCUUGGUCUUUCAGAGAUCCAGGGGAGUCAGCUGAAUGAGCUGGUUAGCAGUUUACUGCCCACACCGAGUCCUGAAGAACCUCCUACGGUUACCUCUAUAUGGAAGACCAGUCACGUUUCCGCAGACAACUUCUUUCAAAACAAACAUGGUUAUUCACAAAGAAGAUUAUUAGGUUCUGGCUCUCAGUUAUUCCACCGUCGCUACCAUAGCCCUCUCCAGGAGGUUUGCUCUGACCUGCAGUUCUUGCCUGUGUUGCUUCAGAGCCGGGGGUUCAAAACUCUUAGAACAAAGACCAGACGAGUUGAUUCUGGUUAUGAUGGUCCAGUGGAAUCCGAGGCUUACACCCCAGCCUUCAUGAAGGGUUUGCUCCUGAGGGAAAAGGGGGCAGACAUCCAGUCUUUGGACCAAGUGGUUAAACUGAGGAACCUUCCCGAAAACCAGCAGGAGGCGUUCAAGACAGGUUUCACUGACGGGUUCAUGAGGUCUCAAGCUUUAACUCAGAGAACACAAGACUCAUUGAGGAGAACCAGGCUGGUCCUGCUGGUUCUUCUCCUUAUCGGCAUUUAUGGCCUCUCCAGAACCCCGUUUGUCUCCGGUAAAGCCCCCUUUUCUGACGCCGUGAGAUUUCGCACCACAUCUGGCCUUGACUCUGCAGUUGACCCGAUCCAGAUGAAGAAUGUGACAUUCGAUCACGUCAAGGGAGUGGAGGAGGCAAAGAACGAGUUGCAAGACGUUGUAGACUUUCUCAAGAAUCCACAGAAGUUCACAGUCUUGGGUGGGAAGCUGCCUAAAGGGAUCCUUCUCAUCGGUCCUCCCGGCACCGGGAAGACUUUGUUGGCGCGAGCUGUAGCUGGAGAAGCUGACGUUCCUUUCUACUACGCCUCUGGGUCAGAAUUUGAUGAGAUGUUUGUGGGCGUUGGCGCAAGUCGCAUCAGGAACCUGUUCAAAGAGGCCAAAGCAAAUGCUCCCUGCGUCAUCUUCAUCGACGAGUUGGACAGCGUGGGAGGAAAGAGGAUCGAGUCUCCGAUGCAUCCCUACUCCAGGCAAACCAUCAACCAGCUGCUGGCUGAAAUGGAUGGGUUCAAACCUAAUGAAGGCGUCAUUGUCAUCGGUGCUACAAACUUUGCUGAAGCUCUGGAUAACGCUCUGGUCAGGCCUGGAAGGUUCGACAUGCAGGUGACCGUCCCCCGCCCUGAUGUCAAAGGUCGCAAAGAGAUCCUCAACUGGUACCUCUCCAAGAUCAAAGUGGACCCUGACAUUGAUGCUGAGGUCAUUGCCCGAGGAACGGUGGGUUUUUCCGGUGCAGAGCUGGAGAACCUGGUGAACCAGGCUGCCCUGAAGGCAGCUGUGGACGGGAAGGAGAUGGUCACAAUAAAAGACCUGGAGUUUGCAAAGGACAAGAUCCUCAUGGGUCCUGAGAGGCGGAGUGUUGAAAUAGACAAACAGAACAAGACCAUAACAGCAUACCAUGAGUCCGGGCACGCUAUUGUUGCCUAUUACACCAAAGAUGCAAUGCCCAUCAACAAGGCCACCAUCAUGCCCAGAGGACCAACCCUCGGCCAUGUGUCCAUGCUUCCAGAGAAUGACCGCUGGAGCGAGACCAGAGCCCAGCUGCUGGCUCAGAUGGACGUCAGCAUGGGCGGCCGAGUCGCAGAGGAGCUCAUCUUUGGAGACAACUACAUCACCACGGGGGCUUCCAGUGACUUUGACGGUGCGACAAAAAUAGCUAAACUGAUGGUAACCAGGUUCGGCAUGAGUGACAAGCUCGGAGUCAUGACCUACACAGACAUUACCAAGCAGAGCCCUGAGACACAAGCUGCUGUCGAGCAGGAAGUCAGAGCUCUCCUGAAGGAAUCCUAUGAACGGGCUAAGAACAUCCUGAAGACCUACAGCAAGGAGCAUGAGAAGCUAGCAGAUGCUUUGCUACGAUAUGAAACCCUGGAUGCCAAAGAGAUCCAGAUGGUGCUGGAAGGAAAAUCUCUGGAUCACUAGGACAUUCAUAGACUCCUGCAUUCUGUAAAUAAGCUGUUCAAUUGCGCACUUUUAUCUGUUUUUAUUCCUUCUUUCUACCAUGUGAAAAGCUGGAUGAAAUGUUUCAAACAUGUAGCCUGUUUUUCUUCCACAUGACUUUAUUUUACAGGUAAAUUAUCACAACUCCAUGUUUCAGUCCUCAAUUUAAAUUCUAGAAAAGUGUAUUCA